AAAAGGAGAAUCGAUAGGAUGUCCAUGAUUCCCUUUGUCCCUUGCGUUUGAUGUGUGUGGGGUUGACAAAGGGGAACGUGCACUUGAAGGAAAUAUAAACAGCGAGAGCAACAACUCCUAACUCCAAACCUUUCUUUCGUUCCUCCUCCGUCAUUCUCUUUCAGAAUUUCCCAAAAUUCUCGGAGGGAGGAAGAAGACAAUGGUUUUGUCUCAGAAGCUUCACGAAGCUUUCAAAGGCACUGUGGAGAGGAUCACAGGCCCCCGAACCGUUUCCGCCUUCAAAGAAAAAGGAGUUCUCAGUGUCUCCGAGUUCGUUAUCGCCGGCGAUAAUCUUGUUGCCAAAUGCCCCACCUGGUCCUGGGAAUCGGGUGAGCCAAGCAAGAGGAAGCCAUAUUUACCACCUGAUAAACAAUUCUUAAUUACUAGAAAUGUACCUUGUCUACGGAGAGCUACAUCUGUUGAAGAAGAAUACGAAGCUGCCGGAGGGGAAGUUUUACUUGACGAUGAAGAUAAUGAUGGGUGGCUAGCAACUCAUGGGAAACCUAAAGAAACCAAAUCGGAUGAGGAUGAGGAUUUUCCUUCCAUGGAAAGCCUAGAAAUCAGCAAAAAGAAUUCUAUUAAGCAAAUUCCUACCUACAUGGGAGGUGAGGAGGAAGAAGAUAUUCCAGAUAUGGCAGAGUUUGAAGAAACUGACAACAUUAUAACAGAUCCUGCCACUCUUCAGUCAACAUAUUUAGUGGCUCAUGAACCUGAUGAUGAUAAUAUUCUUCGAACCCGAACUUAUGACGUCAGCGUCACGUAUGAUAAAUAUUAUCAAACACCUCGAGUAUGGCUUACUGGGUAUGAUGAGUCAAGAAUGCUUUUGCAACCUGAACUUGUCCUUGAAGAUGUUAGUCAAGACCAUGCACGCAAAACGGUAACGAUUGAGGACCACCCUCACUUGCCUGGGAAGCAUGCAUCUAUUCAUCCAUGUAAACAUGGAGCAGUGAUGAAAAAAAUCAUUGAUGUGUCAAUGUCAUGUGGAGUUGAGCCUGAAGUUGACAAGUAUCUAUUCUUAUUCUUGAAAUUCAUGGCCUCUGUAAUUCCGACAAUCGAGUAUGAUUACACCAUGGACUUUGAUCUUGGUAGCUCCAGCAAUUGAAAUGAUGGUAGCUGCUUGGUCAAGUAUAACUCGGGCAUAUUCUCCAUUGUUGGUUUUCAUUGAUCCAUUGACACGAACAUUUUUUUUUUUCCUUCUCUUUUCUGCGCUUCUUAAAACUCAGUACAAUCCUUGCAAUUAUGACCCAGUAAGUGUACGUGUCAUGUAAACUAAUAGCCAUGUAAGUCGUGAGUGCCUUGUAUACAAAUUUCCUUUGAGAUGUGUACAUAAAUUGACAUGCCGCUUGUAAGAGACUAUCUCACGUUGUUGCUCCCUAUAAUACUUGGAGUUUCUUGCCCUUGUCGUUGUGAUAAAUAUAGGCCCUUCAUAUGCUUGGAGGCUUGGUUUGGUGGGAAAGGAAAGAAAAAUUAUAUGAGACAAAUAAUAUUCCAUUGUAAAUAAUGCAU